AACAAACAGUCUCAGUUCUCGAACUUCUGAAUGCAGCUGGUUGUGAUCAUCGGAAUCCGGAUGUGAUGAAAAUGUUUGAGCUCGAAGUUUCUGCAGCAGCAGCUGCUGUAGCGCGCGGGAGUCUCGCGCACGAACUCAUUAUUCAGCGUCUGCUUGACAGGGAUUUUUGUACUAUUUUUGUGAGGAAUCUGAUAGUUUUUACAGAGUUUUGAUCCUAAACUGACUAUUAAGGAAACUUUUUCUAACGGGACUUCGUUUUGCCUGAAGAAAGGAUGCGAAUAAAGGCGUUUGGGAGUUAACAUGUUUGAAAGGUUUGAGGGCUGAUUGCGUGGGGGAUUGUUGUUUUUGGGUGUGUUUAGUAUCUAAACAUCUGGCUCAUGUCCUCGGAGACUAUUUUACCUCCGGAGGGGCCUGAAGGGCCAAAAAAGCAGCUACAAGAGGAGACAAACCCACUUCUGUCCAAAUCAACAGAUAAAUGCAACCGCUGCACUGAUGAAUCCUCAGAUGUUACAGAAACAUCCCAAACUCCGAUACCAGGAGAUAACACUUCAGACGGGCAGGAUCACAUGACCGAGAACCACACCCAUGAUGAUCUUGUUAGAACUCAACCUCAGCCUCUACCCCAGCCAGCAACAUCCCUGCAGCAUGGCAUCGACGGAGAGGCUGCCAGACAGCAGAACGGCCUGCACACGGUGCUAAGUAACGGCCACGGCACGCCCCACGGGGUCACACAGCCGCCCUCCGCCGGCCCCACAUCUGAGUCCAGGAAGCACCCGUCACCCGUCUCGCACCGCAUGCAGAGAAAGCUUCGCUCUAGUCUGUCGGUCAACAGCGACAGCAGCAGAAGGAGCAAAAGCAGCUCGACAGGUUCCCAUAAACCCGGCUCAACUCCAGAGGACUGCUGUGUCCACUGCAUCCUGGCCUGCCUGUUUUGUGAAUUUCUCACUCUGUGCAAUAUGGUGGUGGCUCAGGCCUCGUGCGGCACCUGCACAUCAGAAGCCUGUUGCUGCUGCUGCUGCGCAGACGACCUGGGAGACGACUGCAACUGCCCUUGUGACAUGGACUGUGGCAUUAUGGAUGCGUGCUGUGAGUCCUCGGACUGCCUGGAGAUCUGCAUGGAGUGCUGCGGGAUCUGUUUCCCAACAUAAAAGCCCUGAUACAUGCAGGCCACAGCCAGGACAGAUGUUGAGCGAGAGAGUGUGUGUCUGUGUAUGUGUGAGUAUGUGUGAAUGAGAGCUAUGGAGUGUGUUCUUUUCACACUUGUGAAAAAUCUGUUCCUCAGCUCAAGAUGACCAUAAAGGUCAUAAGAAAGGACUAAAAUACAUGACAUACUUCACGUAUCCUCGUAGACUAAAAGUGCAUAAAGACAGAUAUUCAGUGCUUUAUAUUAAAUGCUUUAAUGUAUCAGAGCUUGUUCUAUUUACUGUUUUUACAUCUCUUUGCAGAGGUUUUUGACAUUUUGUUUUUAAAGACACUUCACACUUUAUAAUUUUAAAAACUUGCAGAUGUUGAAAUUAAAACGGUAGACAUCACACAACUUGAGGUUGUGCUGCACAUCACUGUAAUUUGAGUGGAAACGCGGCACUUUCACACUGUCAGAGGUCAAGCCUUUGUGGGUGUUAAGAGGGAUUCUUAUUUUGAACUGUUUCUGAAAAACAGAGAGGGCUGUUUAAAUGAUGCCAAUUUUGUAAGUCUUUAUUUAAACUGUCUACUGUAGCUCAUUUAAUUAAAUGUCCCUAAGUUCUUGAAACGACAUUAGCAGUUAGCUUGCUGGUGCUUUAAAGACACAGAUGAACUGGAUGCACAGAAUAGUGUAGAAUGCAAAUGCCGAAAUCCACUUUAUGCAAGUGUUUCGUAACUCUACAAGUUACGUGUAAACUUGACUUUUUGUUUUUCUAUAUUAAGCCUCUGCUAAAGAUACACUAUAAAAGCCCCUUUUUGCUUUAGUACUUAAGUGAAUGCUCAAUACACUAUUGCAAAGUGUUCUUUUCCUUGACUGUUAAAUCAUACAUGUAGUUCAGAUUGCAUUUCCUAAGGCCUUCUUGUGAAUUGUACAAAGCUGGCAUUUGUCGGCAUUAUGUAAGCUAAUGUUAGCAUCAUAACGUUAACACAGUUGGUUUUUUGUUCAUAGUGCGCAAUGCCUUUGGUACGCCGUGCGUUUGUGAUUCGUCUGACUCAUCUCGGUCAAAACUGCUUAUGACAUAUUUGCCAAACUGCACUUCAGAACACAGUGUGACUGAACUGACCUGAAACAUUCAACUGAACUUGGUUCAAAACAAACAAAUUUACCUCUACAGACUUUACCUCUCCAGAAUCAGACUAGUUCUUGUGUGUCUUUUGACGAGACCCACUUUAAAAACAACUUGCA